GUGCAAUAGUAAUAUCAAUAAUAGCAAAAAUAUGAUCACAAAGUAUUAAAUAAAUAAAGAUCAAAGUGCAUUAGUUAUCCACGCGUAUUUACCAUCUUUCAGUUACAUAAAACUGGUUUUGUAAGUUUGUAACUAUUUUCAAUACUACAGAAAAUAGAUCGCUUCCUUGAUUUUAAUUUUAAAUUAUUCAAUCCAAAAUCAGAAAACGUGAUUAUUAGCAUUUGUGACCUCAUUAUCAUACAAACAGUCGAACAAGGGAAGGUAGUUCAAAGUCAAAAACAGCUUUAUUAGAAAUAAGUUACUGAAGAGAACAGUUUUCGCGCCAAACAGUGAACUCAUGUAAUAUUAAAAGUUAAGUUAUUCAAAAUGUUUUGGUCCAACAACACUUCAAAACUCUUACCUACAGCCAGCGGGCCUUAUACUCCAGGAUGCUCAGAUGUUAUGGUUGGAUAUGGGAAAAAUGGACUAUUUUUACGAUUAUACUACCCAACUAGUAGUCCAAAAAUCGCAGAAAAAACAUCCAACCAAAGAUUUUUAUGGUUUCCAACAGAUGAUACAGAGCUAAUAGGAAUUGCAAAAGUUUUAAAAAUUCCUUAUUAUAUACUUAAGUUAGUGAUUUGGUGGAAAGUGAAUCCCACAGUACCAGUACUAUAUGGUCAGAAAGUAAGGACUGAAAAAGAUAUGAAAUGUAUAAUUAUGUCACAUGGAUUAGGUGGGGGUAGAUAUAUUUACUCAAAAAUAUGCUACGAUUUGGCAUCACAUGGUUAUUUGGUAGCUUGUAUUGAACAUAGGGACAAAUCAAGCUUUUGCACUUACUAUUACGAAAACCAAGAUAAUGCAGAAAAAGACGUAAAAACUCACAUCGAUUUCGAACACAUUCCUCUAGGAGGAAGCCAUUUCAGAGAACGACAACAACAGAUUCAACAUAGAAUGGCCGAAUGUUUACGUGCAAUAGACUUCAUUGUGCAAUUAAACAACGGCAUUGUUCCUGAGAAUGUAUUGGAUAAUGUACCGAAACGCCGAAACAAUGAGUUUAGGUUAGAAGAUUUAGUAGGUAAAAUAGACGUGAAUGAUUUAGUUAUGAUGGGUCAUUCUUUUGGUGCAGCUACGGCGCUAACGACGUUUUCAAAGUCGCCCAAUUUGAAGCAAUGUAUUGCAUUAGAUCCAUGGAUGUUUCCCAUUAAAGACGACGACUUGCACGAUAAAAUUUUCGGGAAGCCUGUACUUUUUAUAAAUACGCAAACAUUCCACAUCACCACCAACGUUAACGCAAUGGCCAAGUUUAUGGAAAAUCACAAGUUACAAAUGUAUACAAUUAGGCAAACUACACACGAAAAUCAGACUGACACCGUUCUAGUCUCUGGAUAUUGGCUAAACCUCUUUAUGAAGAAACUCGAUCCACACGAAGCCUUGAACAUCAAUAAUGCGUUAAUUUUUAUGUUCCUAAAUGAGCAUGUCGGUGUUCCAAGGAACGUCGAAACUUUUAGAAAAUACCUCGAAGUGAAAAGUGAUCUUUAUGAGAAAGGCUUAACGAAGCCUUGGCAGCAGUAGUUAUAAUAUUUUUAAUUGUUGUUAUUUAAUGUUAAUGGUUCUAAUAAAUAUUUUGGCAUA